CCCACCAUACCCCCUUUCUUUCUUCAGCUCUCCCAUCCCUCCUCACCUACCCUACUUCCCUUCAAUUAUAUUUCCCUCUAAAUUUUGAUAUAUAUUUGACCAGAGAAAGAAAACAAAAUAUGUUUGAUUUUGGAGAUGAACUAACAAUUGAAAGCUACAGAAUUCCAUGGCUAAUAUGGAUCCAAAUACUUGUCAUGUUCCUUCUCAUGCUUCUUCUCUAUGGCUUCAGCCUCUUCGCUUUGGAUCUCCCCGACUCCGCUUCUGCUUCCGUUUGCUCUGAAUCCCACUUAGAUAAAACCCCUGUUUUCAAGCAUAAUACAAGACUUGUCUCCACUUGCUUCCGGGCUUCCCAGCAUAAUACAAGACUUGUCUCCACUUGCUUCCAGGUUUCCCAGGUUGGAGAAAACCAGAGUAUAAAGGGUGAGAUAGCCAUAGGAACAAGCAGAAGUAUAGUAAGAGGAGGAGAAGACAGUGUAGAAAAGGAGAGAUGUUCAUCAAAGGAAGCAAAUCAAAAUUGUUAUCAUCCUUGUCACUAUCUCAGGCUUGCUAAGCUUGCAUUUCUCAAGUGUUUGGGUCUGGAUUCCUAGUCUGAGAGUAGUUCAACAACUGAACAAAGAAUCCAAAGAUACUAUUCAUAUUAUUAACAUGUCUAUAAUUAUUUAUUAGCUUAAUUUCAUUCAUUCAGCUUCACUAAAAUUUAAAAUGUUGGUCUACAUGGAAAAUUUCCAAAUUUCCUCUUUGAUCAAACUAUCUGAGAGCAUUGCAAAGAGGGUUGAAAAAAAAAGAUUACCCUACCAAUUCUCAUAUCUCAUAAUUUGGUUUAAUUUAACAUUAUUUUUUGUGAUUGAAAAAAAUUGGA